AUGGAGUCCGUUCACCAUGUAUCAACGUCUUCGAAGAUCCUGUUUGGCAAGGUCCGCAGGAUGGUGCCUCCAAUGCUCGAGAAAUUUCACAAAGGGCAACUGGGACGUGUGGCAGUCAUAGGAGGUUGUGUGGACUACACUGGCGCUCCAUACUUCUCUGCGAUGGCAUCAGCAAAACUAGGCUGUGAUAUGAGCCAUGUCCUCUGUGAGCAAUCUGCUGCACCAGUUGUCAAAAGCUAUUCUCCAAACUUGAUGGUUCACCCGAUACUGCCAAGCACCGACUCUGUCAAGGACCCCAAGUCAAUUAAUGCGCCAGAACUAGCUGGCCCUAUCAUCUCCAUGCUCUCCCGCCUGCACUCACUAGUCAUCGGACCAGGUCUUGGCCGUGACCGAGUCACACUCAAGGUUGUUGCAGAAGUGAUCAAGGAAGCACGAUCACGAUCGAUCCCAUUCGUGCUAGACGCCGAUGGGUUGCUUAUCGUCACCGAAGAUCCAGAUCUGGUCAAGGGGUACAAAGAAUGUAUUCUGACACCGAACGUGGUCGAAUUUGGACGUCUCGCAAAAGCACUGGGCAUAGAAGUGAAAAGCCAGGCAGACAUUGCAAAGGGCGGAGGCGAUGGCGACCAAACAAGCAAAGAGUCAGAUGCGUGCGAGCAGCUGUCUAGGGCUUUGGGUGGCGUGACUAUUCUUCAAAAGGGACCCCAUGAUGUGAUCUCGAAUGGAGUUACGAGUAUCAUCUCCGAUAUCAAGGGUGGUCUGAAGCGCAGCGGUGGGCAGGGAGAUACCCUGACGGGCUCAUUGGGGACGAUGCUGGCGUGGAGAGCGGCUUACCACGAUAAACUAUGGGACUCGGGUGAGAAAGAUAAUGAGAAGGAGGCACAGAGCAAGGAGGACGUCCAGGCCGAGCUGGAGAUUGAGGGCAGGCGCAUGUCCCCAACGACUACUUUGCUUCUUGCUGCCUGGGCAGGUAGCUGUAUUACCCGAGAGUGCUCGCGACGGGCUUUCGAGGCUAAGGGGCGGAGUAUGCAGGCCAGCGACUUGACCGAUGAGGUACAUCCUAGUUUUUUGCGGCUGAUUGGAGAACCAGAAGGCUCCAAGACACACCUCUAG